AUGCCACGUAAGCUACGUAAGAAUAUGCGUAAGAGGAAGGGAGCAUUGAAACAUCCAAUAGUAAAACUGACACCACAACAACAGUUGCAACAACAAAUGAUGAAUGACCCCACUAUGUUGCAACAAAUGUCAAGCAACCCUAUGCUUUUAAACCGAGUUAUUGGUGCACAGAGUGGAGGUUUAAGAGCAGCACUUUUAGCGAAAAUGGCAGGCUAUGGUGGAGCUGCAGACGGAACAGCUUAUAACCCUCAAAGUCAAAUGAAUUUGAGUUCACUCAAAAAUCAAAUAACAGAUGUCAAAAAGUCAAACAUAGACAUACAGAAACAAAUAAGUGAAAACGAAAAGAAACUAGAAUAUGACAGACACACAAAGAAACUCAAUGAGUUAAACGUAGAGAAAAAGAAGAAAGAAGAACAACUGAAAGAACUAAGUACAGAGGAAUAUGCGAAAAAAGUGUCAGAAAAAGCAGCAGAAGUAGCAAAAAUGGAACAAGAUGUUAUAAAUUUGAAAAACCAUACUACUCAAUAUAAAGUACUGAAAGAUGAAGAGAUAAAACAAAAAGCCAUGAAGACACAUAUGGAUAGCGAUGAGUAUAAAAAAGAAGUUGAAGCAAAUGUAAAGGCAGAAAAACUUUUACAGUUGCAAAACCAAACCGUACAGUAUGAAAACUUAGCACAAGAAAGUAAAAAUAACGACGCAGCCAUGCAAAAGGCA